UGGCGUUGUGAAUUAGGUUGGGUACCCCUACAAACCCAAACAUGGUAGUACAUCAUGCAUCAAAUCUAGUACUCUCGAAUUCUAGAUGAUACCCUCUUGCCGCACGAAUAAAUCGGCAAACAUCAUCACCCUCCCUCUUCUUCAUCCCCAAUCAAUCCCCCUUUUCCAAACUCACCAUGGAUCCCUACGCUGCUCAAACCCAAACCCAAUCCUACCCUUCUUCCCAAAUUCAACAAGAUCCUUACAUCUACUCCCAACAACCACAAUACGACCCAUCUCAACCCCAACAACAACCACAACCUUACGACCCAUCUCAACUCCAACAACAACAACAUUACGACCCCUCUCAAAUCCAACAACAAUACGACCCAUCUCAACAUUACGCCUAUUAUACCCAACAACCCUACGACCCAUCUCAACAAUACUCUCACCAUGUUGUGUACCCUGAUCAACAACCACCACAGGUUCCUCAACAGCCUGAACAAGAACAGGCUCCGAUUCAUCCUCCGGGUGUACCCGUUUCGCAGACGGAUCCUAAUCAAGUGGCUGCGUACCAGGCGUAUGGUCAGGCUCAUUAUCAGAGUGACCCGAAUUAUUAUUAUCAGCAGCAGCCGCAGCAGCAGCAGCCGCAGCAUGUGGGUUAUGGGUCUGAUCCGGGUAUGGUUCAUCCGCAGUGGCAGCCGCAGCCGGGUCAACCUGGAGAUUAUGGGGUUCCUCCGUUUCAUCCUCCGGCUCCGAAUGUUCAAGGUGGUCAAUUCGGCGGUGCUGGUCGAGGCGGCAGUCGAGGUGGCGGUCGCGGAGGAACUCGUGGUGGUGGUGGUCGGGGUGGAAGUCGAGGCGGAGGUGGAGGCGGUGGAGGAGGCGGAGGUCGAGGCGGUAGAGGUGGUGGUUCAUCUUUCUCUGGACGUGGCGGUGGAGGACGUGGCGGCGGAGGACGUGGCGGUGGUGGACGUAGUGGCGGGGGACGUGGCGGGAACCCUAGGAUCAAGAGUGAGCCGAAGCCUCAGUUUUUGGCGUGGUGUGAACUUUGUCGAGUCGACUGCAACACUCACGAGGUUCUUGAAAAUCAUAAAAAUGGGAAAAAGCAUAAAAAGAAUAUGGAAAUACAGGAAGAAUUACAGCGGCUUGCGGGAAAAACACAAAUGCCGGUUCCCAUGGAGAGACCGGAAGUCAGAGUCGAAAGUCAAAUGAUGCUGGCUGAAGAACAAGGGAACAGUUUAAAGAGAAAAAUGAGGGAGGAUGAACGGAAAUCUGCUGAGCCCGAAAAGGAACCUGUACCUUUUAUUUGUGAACUUUGUGACGUAAAAUGUGAAUCGGCGCCUGUUUUUGAUAGUCAUCUGAAGGGUAGAAAACACAUUUUUAAUUUUCAACGGUUUCAGGAUCAACAAGCUCAAGCGGCAAUGGGACAAGCAGCUUUACAAGCGCUUUAUCCAGCAUUAGAAGCAGCGUUAUAUCCUGUACUUGUUCAAGCACUUUCUCACAAUGCUUCCUCGUCUUAUGGAUAUGGUGGAGGACUCGAUCAACAAGCUCUUCUUCGACUGCUGCAACCGUAUUUACCUCAAACCGGGCCUCCGUUUUUUCCACAUGGACCUGCACAUGCACCAGCACUAGCUCCAGCUUUGGCACCCCCGGGUUCGAACCCAGUUGCAGCCCAAGAGACUGUUGAAAAUGAGCCUGAAUCAAAGACUGAAGAACAAGUGGAGCCCGAUAGCAAGAAGAGCAAGACCGAAGAUCAAGUGGAGCCUGAAAGCAAGACUGAAGAUCAAGUGGAGGCCGAGAGCAAGACCGAGGGUCAAUUAGAGACUGAGACCGAGAGCAAGACCGAAGAUCAAGUGGAGAACGGGACUGAGAGCAAGACCGAAGAUCAAGUGGAGCCCGAGAGCAAGGCCGAAGAUCAAGUGGAGCCUUAGAUGAAAGUUGACCCGAAGGCAGCAGAAUUGACCCAGUGAGCGAAUGUUCUUUUAGUUGUGCGUUUUUGGACCAAGUAGUUUAAAGAUUUAAUAUUCGGAUGUUUUUAUGGCUAUAUUUAUCACAUAUUGAAUGAUGAUGAUGCUAUAGUCUUGAGUUUGAUUUCGAGUACUUUUAAUCUUUUUAUUCUCUCU